UCCUAGUAAUUCAUUACUUUGUUCUGUUGUGUUUCACCUUCUUGUUCCCUUGCCUUGGAAUUUUUAUUUGCAGCGCCAUGUUCCAUUUUGGCUGUCACCGUCGAAGUGCUCUUCUCUAUCUCAGCGCUAUCUCAUCAACCCAAAAACCAAAAUGUUACGUUUUUCUUCAACUGAAACCCUACCCUUCACCCCUCUCUCUCUUCUCUACCACUUCUCAUUCUUCUGAUAAACAAUCUUUCACCAUUACCUACUUCACUGACAACUGUGGAUUCUCACACCAAGCAGCUCUCAAAGCAUCCAACCGAGUUCGUUUCGACGAGCCAAAGAAACCCGAUUCGGUCAUCGCCUUCUUCACAAACCACGGUUUCUCCAUCUCCCAGAUACACAACAUCAUUGGCAGGUUACCAGAGCUGCUUGUAUUCGACCCCACCAAAACGCUUUUGCCCAAGUUUCAAUUCUUAGCCUCCAAAGGUUCUGACAUAGUUACCACUGUGACUAGGUACCCGUAUUUCCUGCGCCAAAGCCUUGAGCAUUACAUAAUACCUGCAUUUGAAUUUGUAAGGACAUUCUCUCCAUCUGAUGAAAAAGCAAUCGCUUGUGUACUAUUUGGUUCCAAUACCAUUACUAUUGAUCACAUGAAAUCAAAAGUAAAUUUGCUGCUUGAUAUGGGACUGUCUCCCUCAAACAUAUACCUUUUAUUUAGAAUUUCGCCCACUAUACUCAGAUUUGCUGACUUGAAGGAGGCUGUGGAGGAAGUCAAGGGAUUGGGAUUUCAUCCCUCUAAAUCUCUUUUUGUUGUAGCAUUACAGGCCAAAAGGGCUGUAUCCAAAUCGCUUUGGGAUGCCAAACUCGAUGCCUUUAAGACAUGGGGCUGGUCUGAAGAUGAUGUUCUGGAUGCAUUUAGGAGGGAUCCCCACAUUAUGACAUACUCAAUCAAAAAAGUAAAUGCAGUGAUGAGUUUUUGGGUCGACCAUCUUGGUUGGGACCCUUCAGUGCUUCUAGCCGUGCCAUCACUUUUUGGAUAUAGUUUGGAGAAAAGGCUUAUGCCAAGGGCCUCAGUUGUCCAGUAUCUUCUCUCCAGAGGUUUGAGGAAGAAAGAUGCUAGCUUAAUUAAACCAUUUAUGUUGACUGAGAAGUUGUUCCUGCAAAAAUUUGUGGAAUGUUUUGAGGAGGAGGAAACAUCUAAGCUACUUAGUCUAUAUCAGGGAGGACGCUAGCAUCUGGUACUUUGUUAACUUAUGAAUACAGAAUUCUUUGUAAGCUAGCAUCUCUUUCUUAAUUUCAUUACAGUAUCUGUUCUACUCUUGUCUUUAUCUGGAUUUUUGGUAGUUUGAAUAUGUUAAUACAAUUGUGUGGCACGCUUGUAAUUGUGCAGAACUUGCUUUCUUUUUAUUUAUAGAGGUCUUAAUUCUUAAAUAUCUUUGUCUUAAUUGUGUGAUUCUUGCUCUUAUGCUGAAAAUCUCACAAGCCUUACUGCCUUAGUCAGCUCUACACUUCUGCAACUUUUGAUGUUUGCUUUCCCGAGAGCUUUUCUUUCAAUCUUCAUAUAGUAAACAAUAAUGCAGUUUACUUUUAGAGACACAUGAUGAAACUUGAACUUAAUUGCAUCUUGUGUUCAGCAAUCAGGCUGUACAGUAGCAAAUAGUGUUCUUUAAGUUUACCAUAUUAAUGCAAAUCCCAGACGUGUAUCAAGGUUAGGGUUCCUUCAUAAAGUCGUGGAGGCUUCAACUGAUUUAUAUCUGUUUCAGACCUUCCUGUGGGAAGAACCUUCCUCUAUGACAUUGCUUGCUUCCAUCUGAUGAAACACCUAAAAAGAUCACGGACACAACGGAAAUUUGUUCGGCUAAUUUUUUUG